CUGCAAAUUCUUUUCAUAAUUUCCGAUCUGGUGGACCCACAGUAAUUGCGUUCCGAACUGUAUUUCAAUUUAUUCGUUCUCCUUAUUUACGCACUACGAUUGACUGCAAUAAUUCUGCAACCUUCUUUGGAUUAUCAGCACUUGGAAGCUCAUCGGUACACCACCCCCGUACGGUGUAGCCAAUCGUGUAGUACGCAGCGCUGAUUAUUGCUGCCUGAAACAGGAACUACGUUCUGCAAAAUAUCUUGCACUGCAUGCAUGUGCUACAGCUAGGUACUUUUUGAUGGGAAGAUCUGUGUUUUUGACAGUAAUCUCUGUUAUCUGCAUACCUUCUGCCCGGUUGCCACUCCGCAACAGCCGCAGUACAUCUAUUAUUAACUUGAUAGUCGGUCUCGAAAGUGGACAAGCAUGGCGGACGCGAGGCGUAACAAGUCCGGACAAGCCCGAUCUGCUGGUGAUCCCGGAGGGAUCAGUCAGAUUUUUCAGUUCAAAUUGGUUUUACUCGGUGAAGCGGCAGUGGGAAAAAGCAGCCUCGUUCUGCGCUUCGUGAAAGGUCACUACUACGAGCACCAGGAGUCCACUAUCGGCGCGGCCUUCCUCACCCAGUCAGUGAACCUCGACAACGCCACCAUUAAAUUUGAGAUCUGGGACACAGCCGGCCAGGAGCGCUAUCACAGUCUGGCGCCCAUGUACUACCGCGGCGCACAGGCCAGUAUCGUCGUGUACGAUGUUACCAGCGCUGAAUCGUUCGAGCGUGCCAAGAGCUGGGUGCGCGAACUGCAGCGUCAAGCGGCGCCCAAUAUUGUCAUCGCUCUGGCUGGCAACAAAGCCGAUCUGGCCAACCAUCGACAGGUGGAAACGGAAGAAGGAGCCAAAUACGCCAACGAAAACGGACUGAUCUUUAUGGAGACCAGCGCGAAGACAGCUCAGAAUGUUAUCGAUAUUUUCACAGCAGUGGCCAGGAAGCUGCCACGGUCGACCGGACCGGCCGAUCGGAAGGGAGCCGAUGUUAUACACAUGGCCGGGACGGCGGAAGAACAGAAGAAAAAGAAAUGCUGCUGAUUGUCACGGCUGAAUGCUCAUGCGAUUGCUGUUGUGGGCGCUUUUUCUGCAAUCAUUCCAUUCCAUCGCUAACUGUGAUUUCGUUGUGUAUUAAUAUUAAAAAUGUUUUAAACUAAUUCUGUUGACGUUGGCCAGUGUGUUGUAAAUCAGGAUUGUGUUUAUUUCAUUUUUUAAUUAUUCUAUUUAGGUGUAUCUUAAUGUUGUCGGCAAUAAAAUUCACGAUUGUUUCGAAAA